AUGUUUUACUAUAAAGAUACCUUCCUCACUAGAGUUUUCACCCGAGAUGAUUGCCAACAACCAUUCUGGAAAGAAACCUUCCUCGCAGGACUCCCUAAAUCUUUAGGAGACAAAGUUAGGGAAAAAAUUCGAACCCAGUUUAAUGGCGAAAUCCCUUACAAUCAAUUAAGUUAUGGCCAGCUCAUAGCUUACAUCCAAAAGGUAGGUCUUAAGAUUUGCCAAGACGAGAAGAUCCAAAACCAAUUGGCCAGAGAAAAAGCCCAGAACCGUAAGGAUCUAGGUAGUUUUUGCCAACAAUUUGGACUUCCUUGUUCCGACAAACCGUCUGGAUCUAGGACUAAAUCCAGAAAAACCCAGAGGUUCCAUAAAUCCAGAACCCAGGAUAAUCAUCCGGUUAAACCUCAUAGGUCUGACCAGCAUCCAGGACCAGAAUUAAACGGUCUAGUAACCGCCAGCCUCAAUCCUAUAGAGGCAAAACAGAAACAAAUCAAUUUCUUAAAAGAUGAUCUUUCUUUUGAGACAAUCAGAAGCCAACUAACCAAAUCUUCCAUCCAAACGAAGAUUUCUAAUCUUCAUACUCGAAUACAGAACACAGUUUGUUCUGAACUCCCUAACGCUUUCUGGGAAAGAAAGAAGCAUAUGGUUGAUCUCCCUUAUGAAAAGGACUUCAAUGAUAGGCUUAUCCCAACCAAAGCCCGUCCAAUCCAGAUGAGUCUUGAACUCGUCAGACACUCGUCAGACACUGAUACCAAGACGCCCGAGGAUCAGACGGGGAGGAUCAUCGGAAGGCGGAGAGUAUAA